CUUCACGGUUCUCUUGCCAUAACCUCUUUCGUCUCCUCCCACAGGCGAGGUCGACGUUCUUCUUUCGCCAUCCAUUGACUGUUCCUUUUGGGUUUUCGAUGGGUCUUGUGGGAACGUGGGAGGAGUCGUGGGUUUGGGUUGCUUGAAGUCGGCGUUGAUUGUGUUGGUUUAUGCCAUUCGAAUCUGCUUGUGGGUGGGCGUGUGCAGAUUGUUUUGUUUCUCUUGGCUAAAUCCCGUGCGGUUGUUGGUUGUUGAGGUUUUUGACGGGUGGGUAUGAUGGUCAACGCUAACUGGAGGCCCACUCGACCGGUUGGCGGAGGAGGCGGGGGCACCGAAGCUGCACUUGAUGGCCGCUGUUGGAGGGUUCAGUUGCCGCCCCGAUCAGGGGAGAGGAUUGUCGACAAGAUGAGGGUUUUCCAUAGUAUGUAGAUGAACAUAAUUGCAGAGGUAAGGCCUUGUGGCUUUCUGGCAGGAAAACAGUUACCGGAUGAUCGCCUGUUAUGCUGGCGACAAAAAUUUACUUAUCCAGAGCCUGAGGAUUCUUAGGCAUCUUAUUGCUUGUAGGUUGUGUUUUUUCAUAUUAAUCUCAAUUUUAAUUUUCCCCAUUCCAGCUCAAUCGUGUCACUGUAGUUGUUGUAGGGGUUGAAGGCCCAAAGGUUUUCCACAGGAAACUUUUUCUUUGCCUACCUUGAGGUGCAAUGCUUGAACUCCCACCCUUACCACUUGUAAUAGGAGUAGAUGCUAUUAAUGCGUGUGGAUUAGACAUCGCCAAAAUUUUUUAGGUUUGUGAAUUCUUAUAUGUGUUAUUUUGAAUCAUUUCUGAGUUUAGCUUUCUUAUUUGGGAGAAAGUUAUUAAUAAUUUGUUGAACAAUAUGCGACUUCCACUGGAUUUUUUAUCUGUUAUCCAUUGAAUUUUAUGACUAUAUUAGGUUUAUGUAAUUUCAGCUCUGUUAUACACUAGAUUUUGUGACCAUCUCCAGCAAACCUUUUCUUCUGACCUUUCAUUCUUUUCUUACCCACUCUGAACUCCUGAACCUUUUCCAGCUCUUGUCUCUUCUGUUUUCCAGCUCCUGCGACCUCCCUAACCUCCAUUGACCACCAUGAACUCCAGCUAGCCAUUGACAAAGGCCCCCAUUGACAUCCCUUACUAUUGGAGGAAGAUAUCUUUGAAGAUGUUGAAAAUGGAGACAAAGUCUCAGAGUACCUUACCUAAUGCUUUGCCAUCGGGGAAUAGCAGUGAGGAAUUGGAAUCAGAUACGCAUUUGUGAAGAACAAGUUCAACUAGAAAGGGCCAAAUGCUUGCAUAUUUUGUAACUUCCUCCCACAUCUUUGCCUCAAAAUUUCUUUUUCAAAAGUUAUGCAUCCAAAAAAUCAAGGCCAAAGCCAACCAAUUGUUAAUUCCUUAGCUGUGGAUCAGCCUCAAGCAAAUCAACAGUGCAGGCAAACGUGCUCGUUUACCUCCUUCCAAUCAAGAUGAAAGGCGAAACUCAGUGGAUUACAUCAGUGAAUUGCCCGACGCCAUAAUCCUUCAUAUCUUCUCCUUCAUGACCACAAAAGACGCCGUCAAAACCAGCAUCUUGUCCAAGCGAUGGCGUUCCACUUGGACCUCUAAUCAGUAUAUGAGUUUCUCUUUACCCCUUGGCAGUAUCCUGAAGAGCUUCAUCACUUUCGUUGACUCGGUGCUGUUACGCUGCACCGCAAUUAAGGCAAAAAGAUUCCUCUAUGAUGGUCCUUGUUUCGCCUUGAUACAAUCAAGUCUUGAUAGGUGGCUCCAGUUUGCCAUCAAGCACGGUGUCGAAGAGGUAUCAGUAAACCUGCGUUACUUGCGCUACAAAGAUUUUCUGUUGCCGCGAAUCUUGUUCUGCUGCACCACGCUGGUGAAUUUGCGUGUGUCCCAAUGCUGUUUUAGGGUGUUUGGCACUGUGAAUUGGUGUUCGCUGAAGACAUUGCGCAUUGAUUAUGCAAAUUUGAACAAUGAUGGGAUGAUGAGAGUUUUGGGUGGCAGCCCUGUUCUAGAGUUCCUUGAGUUGAAAAGUUGCGUGGGCGUCAAGCACAUCAUGGUUGAAUCAAAAAGUUUUAGAGAGUUGGUGAUUGAUUCUCAUGUGUUUCGUGGUCGAGCUUCGAUGCUGAAAAUUUCGGCCCCACAUCUUCUCAGAUUGCGUCUAUUGGGCAAUUCUCGAGGGGGAGAGUUUAGACUAGAUGAAGUAUCUUCCUUGAUUGAGGCCGAGUUAAAUUUCAACAUGAAAAUUGCACUCAAUAAGGUUAAGGCUCGUGCCAAUCUUGUCAAGGGGCUUCUCAAGAAGCUGCAUCAUGUCACGAAAUUAGUGAUGGGAAGCUGGUGCCUUCAGGUGCUGUUGCUAAUGGAGGCGAGAGAUAUGUCUCUUCCAUCCUUAGAAUGUCGGCAUCUGAUAUUACUCGGCACAGCAGGUCAUGAGGGAGCUCCUGAGGCUAUAGUGAAAAUACUCGAAAGUACGCAGCUCUUGGAGAAGUUAUUCUUACAAACAACUUGCACCCCCAAUUCUGCGAUUGAGUUGAAUGCGGAGAGUGUAGGCCAUCGCGUCAUUGCUGGAGAAGAAUUUUGGAAUUUGGUAAGGUGGAGGAUCUAUCAGUGUUUGAUGCAUCUCAAGCAUGUUGAGAUUGUUGAUUGCGGUGCCAAUCUGCUAGCAUGGGAACCUGUUCUUUCCCUGCUCAAGUUUCUCCUCCAGAAUGCACUUUGGCUGGACAAAAUAGUGAUCAACAGUACCAAUUCCAAAUCAUCCCAAGCAUUUGAACCGUCACCGCGGCUUGAAGUGGCCCGGAUUCUUCUGUCGCAGUCAAAGUGUUCUCCAAGCGCCAAGGUCAUUCUUAGAUAUCCUUUCCAAGGAUGUCCGUCUGUGUAAACCCUGAUCAUUUCAUCAACACCGGUGAUUUCUUUUUCUCCGUUUUGUACCCCUAAAUUUUAGCUUAACAUUUUCAGGAGAUGUAAUUAUAUGUACCUGUUGCAAAUUAACCGAUUCGUUCUGACG